UAGACAGCGACGGAUCAAAUCUGCUCCACUCACACGCCGAGGGCCUGCGGUGUUGGCGGUCAGAUAAACUAGGGUCCCGCUGUACAAGCCUCGCUCGCGCACCGUCAUGGCUGCAGUUUCACCCGAAGAGAUUGUCUUCAGGAGGGAUCCACGCACUGCUAGUUGGGCCUUGGUCGGCAACGUACAGUUCCUGGUACUUCUCCUGUCCUUUUACGUAUACGUCGUCAAGAUCGGUGGCCCUCGCUUCAUGAAACUGCGCAAACCAUUCGAGAGCAUCAAACCUAUCAUCAUGCUCUACAACGCCGCCAUGGUACUCGCCAACUGCUACUUCGUCGGAGCGUUUCUCUCCAGGACCUACUUGGGUGGUGGCUACAGCUUUAUUUGCCAGGGAAUCGACUUCGAAGCACGCGACGAGGCGACCAUGAGCCUCCUGACCCACUACUGGAUUUACUUUUGGGUUAGGGUCUCGGAUUUCUUGGACACCAUCUUCUUCGUGUUACGCAAGAAGCACGCGCACGUCUCCCUCCUUCACGUGGUCCAUCACGUCCUGGUGGUCUUCAACGGCUGGUACGGCCUCGCCUACGGAGCGGAUGGCCACGCAGCCUUCGCAGUGAUCUUCAACAGCUUUGUGCACGUGGUCAUGUACGGCUACUACUUGCUGUCCCUCUUCGGACCAUCCGUGCGGAAGCACCUGUGGUGGAAACGCUACCUCACCCAGCUCCAGAUGUUUCAGUUUUGUGUUCUGAUUGUGCACGUGCUGAUUCCGCUGUUCAUCGAUUGUGGCUACCCAAGUAUGCACAUCUACAUCGGACUGCCGCAGGGCUUCUUCUUUCUCUACAUGUUCUUUCGCUUCUACGGCAAUGCCUACGACGACGGAAAGAAAGCGACCCAGGGUACAGCCGGCAAAACGAAGGCCAAAUGACACAGGAAGUAACGUUGCUUCUCUAGGGCCCGUAUUCACAAAACGCUGUCGUGACAGAAUUGUUCGGAAUAGCAAAUUCCAACCAAUCCAGAUGCCGGACAUAUUAGUGAAGGCUGCCAGCAAAUAUGAAAAAGUGCUUACGAACUAACAGUUUAAUGAAUUCGGCCCCAGUUUAUCCUCACCGCAUGCUAGAGAUAUGCGACAGUAGCUUGUACUUUACAGGAAUAACUUUUAUAUUUUUCUGGUACAAGUGCUUUCUUGCUGCUCCAAACGAAAACAGUUGGCGUAACUGCUUCUACUACACCCGAGCGAGGUACGACAGGAACACAUGGUAACCAGUUCAGUUAUAAUACUGGAUACAAGCAGUUAGUACUGUGCCCCAACACAAUGCCGUGAAGUUGAAUAUAGUGGUCGAUGCCAUUGAGCGCAUCCGCAAACAGACAGUGU